AUGUCGUAUCUACAAAAGUUCAGAUCAUCGUCGGCCAACCGCUGGCUGCAACGCCUACUGCGAGUCAUCCAAUUCCUGUCGGCUAUCAUUUCGCUUGGCUUCUUCUCCGCCCGUCUUCACAGACUUUUGAAGAUUGCCCGAGACAACUACACCACGGCUGAUGGCGCUGUUGAGGGCAUCUUGGCUGCUGCAGUCUUAUAUUCUCUCCUGGCAAUGCUGCUGAGCUUAAUCGUGAAGAACGGUGGACCCAAGUUCCUACGUUGGUUCCUGGUUAUCAUGGAUAUCCUCUUCGUCGGCGCCUUCAUCGCAGUUGCAACACUCACCAGCCCCAAAGGCGGUAAUGCCGGUCCUAACAGUGGAGACUGUGCAGUCCAAGACAGCUUUGCUGGAAGAAUCGUCCCCGAAAGCUAUCGUCGCAAUCAUAACUGCAACCUUCCAUGGGGCACAUUCAUCCUUGCUAUCAUUAGCACCAUUCUUCAUGCCUUGACAGCUGCAUUCCACGAGAUCCGUGAUCACCACAAAGAGGCCAAGUACCGCAAUGACGUUGAAAAGAGAGAAGCGGAGCGAAGAGACAUGGGAAAUUAA